AUGAUUAUAUUUAAACAACAAAAAAUGAAAUCAGAUUAUAAUCAUAAAACAACAAUAGUUCAACGUGCUAUUAAUUUCUGGGAGAAUGCUCUAACAGUUAAAAACACUUCAAGUGGCAGAAUUCAUGUUCAAAGGUACUGUGAAGGUGGUAUGUAUAAUCAGUUUGAAAAUGGUACAAAGUUUUGCACGCAAACACAAUGUCGUGCAAGUGAAAAAUGCGGUAACAUUAAUAUACCAUCUCAAUAUUUGUCUGAUUGUCUGAAAAUGAGUUAUAGAAACGAAUUGACGACAGUUUACCCGAAGGGUUCAGGAUUACAAGCAGAUGGUUAUUUGCUGUUUGUCGACAGUCAGAAUACAGGAAGCUGUCUAAAUCCAAGUACCAAUGCUUACGCUAACUCAUGUCAAAUGGAUCCGGAAACAGAUAG